UUCAGCAGUAGAGGGCGGUGUAGCGAGGGACCUCGCAGUCCCUCAAGCGCUGUUUAUUUCAGGAAACGGGACCACUUUCCUCAGGUGGCACACGAACCGAAGGCGAAAGAAAGCAUGCUGUCGGUUGUGUGAGCAGGACGCGAAGAUGGUGUUUGAGUCGGUGGUGGUCGAUGUCUUGAACCGGUUUCUGGGGGACUAUGUGGUGAACCUCGACAGCUCGCAGCUCAGCCUCGGCAUUUGGGGAGGUGAUGCCAUAUUAAGAAACCUUGAGAUAAAAGAAAAUGCCUUGAGUCAACUGGACAUCCCUUUCAAAGUCCGAGCGGGACACAUAGGACGUUUGGAGUUGAAGAUCCCUUGGAAGAACCUGUACACUCAGUCUGUGGAGGCCACGCUUGAUGAAGUUUUCCUGCUCAUCGUGCCCACUGCUAGUAUAAAGUAUGACGCAGAGAAGGAGGAGAGACAGCUGCAGGAAGCUCAGCAGAAGGAGCUGCAGCGGAUCGAGGAGACCAAGCAGAAAGCAGCAGAAAAAGGUGCAGUAAAUCAUUUGAGAUCACUUCGGUUUUACAUGGAGAAAGGUAACAUAGUUUGUGAAUUUGCAUUCGUGUUCUUGUAUUCAGAGAAUCCAAAGGCAGAGAAGCAGGACACAUUUGUGGAGAAACUGGUUACACAGGUGAUCAAAAACCUGCAGGUGAAGAUCUCCAACAUACACGUCCGCUAUGAGGAUGAUGUCACCAAUCCCGAUGCUCCGCUCUCCUUCGGAGUGUCCCUGCAGAACCUCAGCCUCCAGACAGCUGAUGAGAAUUGGAAGCCAUGUCUUCUGGAUGAGACAGCCAAGCUCUUUUUCAAGCUUGUACGUCUGGACAAUCUGUUUGCGUACUGGAAUGUGAAUUCAGAGCUCUACUCCAACCACAACCCUCAGGAGGCUCUGCGAUACUUGAAGCACAGUGUAGCCAUCCAGAGCGCUAUCCCUCAAGAUUAUCAUUUCAUCUUUCGUCCAAUAUCUGCAAACGCCAAGCUGCGCAUGAAUCCUCGCUCCGAUGUGGACUUCUCCUCACCAAAAGUGGAUCUAGUGGUCAACCUCCCGGAGGUGGCUGUUGAACUCAGCCAUCCACAGUACAUCAGCAUCCUGGAGCUGUUGGGGUCGGUGGAUAUGAUGACCCGUAACCUCCCAUACAGGAAAUAUCGUCCAGAUGUGGCAGUUCACACUAAUGCACGUCAGUGGUGGCGAUAUGUGAUCACGGGCGUUUUGGAGGUCAGUGUAAAGCCCCGCCUUCACAUGUGGUCAUGGCAACGCAUCCGUCACCAUCGGCAACAUGUGAAAAAGUACAGAGAGCUCUAUAAGAACAAAAUCACAAGUAAGAAGCCUGCAGAGAGUCUGCUGAAGGAGCUUGAGGAGACUGAAAGAACCCUGGAUAUAUUCAACAUCACAAUGGCGAGACAGCAGGCUGAGAUGGAGGCCUCAAAGGCGGGGUUCAGGAUAUACCGUAUUGGGGUGAAGGUGGAGGAGGAACAGUCACAGGGCUGGUUCGGCUGGAUGUGGGGCUGGUCUGGAGAAAGUGACACACCAACCAAAGAUGUCAAAACGGGAGGUUUUGAUGAGCUAAUGACUCCAGCGGAGAAAGCCAAACUAUACGCUGCCAUUGGAUACAGCGAGACAGGCGUCAAUCCUAACCUGCCAAAAAAUUUUGAAAAUAUGAAGAUACACUUCCAGCUUAAUCACCUUUGUCUGUCAAUCAAAGAGAGCCGAGAGAAGCCGGAGAUCAUCAAACUGUCCGUCAUUGAUCUGAAAGCCAUGCUGACUCAGAGACCUGCGGCCCAAGCUAUAAAGAUCUCUGCUCAGCUGUCAUCGUUUGAAGUGUCGGGUCUCCCACGAGGCAAGUCGGCCCCCAUCCUGCUGUCUCCACGUCACGUGGUCGGGAUGAAAGAUUUGGCUUUACUGGACCUCAUGUUUGAGACGAACCCACUGGAUGCAAAAGCAGACCAGAGACUCCGCAUCGAGUCCCAGGCGCUGGAGAUCAUCUAUGACGCUAUGACCGUGAACAGUAUGUCAGCUUUCUUCAUGCCUCCAAAGGACCUGCAGCUGGAUGAACUGACCAACGCCACCCUCAUGAAGCUGGAGCAGUUCAGAGACAAGACCUCCACAGGACUCAUGUAUGUCAUUGAGACUCAGAAGGUUCUGGAUCUGAAGAUAAACCUCAUGGCUUCAUAUGUCAUUGUACCAGAAAACGGCUUUUAUGACCCCAAACACAACCUUGCCAUUCUGGAUUUGGGUCAUUUCCAGAUGUCCAGUCAGAGCAGAGCUGACCUGCCUCAGCUGUCCGUGGGCAGCAGCACUAUAGAGGACAUCAUGUCUCGAGCUUACGACAGCUUCGAUGUCCAGCUCAGCAGUUUACAGUUCCUCUACACUAAAGCAGGUGGUGACUGGAAGCAGGCUCGUCUGCUCAGACAGUCUGCGUUUCACAUCCUGGAGCCUGUGGACCUGAAGGUGGUCUUCAGCAGAGCCAUGGUGGUGACAGACUCACGGAUGCCCAAGUUUAAGAUUUACGGUGAGCUCCCUCUUCUGUCUCUGCGUAUCUCUGAUGAUAAAGUGCGUGGCGUCCUGGCGUUGCUCAGCAGCAUUCCCCUUCCUGAGAGUCGCCCGGUGCCCCAGACUAGAGCGCCACAAGUCACACCCAAGACCUCCAAACGUGGGAACACACCUCAGCUCAUCCCUCGAAGACCAGCUGUAGACGACCUGCGUGCAUCCAUCAUAUACGGCUCAGACGAGGAGCUGUUCUUUGAUGCCCCUAGUUCACCGAUCGAGGAUCUGCCGUUCUUUGAGGCUUCCACUGACUCUCUGCAGGGUUCAGCCUCUGAUAAACGUCUGUCCAUGGUGCUCAGAGACCCCAAGAAGAACAUGACCGAGCUCCUCUUGAGAUUUGAGAUCAACAAGCUUUCUAUUCAUCUGUGCCGCUUGUCAGACAGCGAGGAGGUGAGCGUUCUGCAUCUGUUCAUUGAUGGAUUAGGGACAGAACUCAAACUUCGCACCUUUGACAUGUCUUCGUACACCUUCCUGCGUGAGAUCUGCCUCGAGUGUUCAGAGUACUUGGAUUCUGAGGACAAGAAAGUUCACCUUAUCACCACUCUGGACAAUUCUGAGGAAGAUCUGCUCACUUUGGAAUAUGUCAAGGCAGACAAAAAUGCACCGGAUUUCAAAACGAUGCAUAAAAAUACAGAGCAACUAAUCAAGGUGAAUUUCUCCUCACUAGACGUUCAUCUGCACACUGAGGCGCUCCUCAACUCCAUAAAUUUCCUCAAUAACCUCCUCCCACCACUGAAGAAAGAGGCACAAGAGGAGCAGCCCGUCCUACCCAAGGAGGAAGAGGAGGAAGAAGAGGAGUCAAAAAUAGAGGAUUCUUCUGUUACCAAGAAACCUUCCUGUAAGAAGUCAAAGUUUGAGGAUGUGUUGAAUUUGCAUAUCCGAGCAGACCUCAGCUGUCUGAAGGUCUUCAUAAGAGGAGAUAAAGCCAGGAUCUCUGAGAUCAGCAUCGAGGGGCUGGUUUCUGAAGUACAGAUGAAGAAGAAGUGCGUAGAGAUUCUCGCUAACCUGAAGAACAUUGUAAUUCUGGAUUGUGACAAAGAGGCACUAUAUAAAAAGGCAGUGUCCAUCGCGGGUAAGGAGGUGUUUGAUUUCCGCAUGGUGAACCAUGUGGAUGCAACGGAGGGUGAUGCCUACACAGACAUGCAUAUUGUGGACACCAGUGUAACUUUGACUGUGGGCUGCAUUCAGGUUGUUUUCCUCAACAAGUUUAUGUCCUCAAUACUGGCAUUUAUAAAUAAUUUCCAGGAGGCUAAAAAUGCAUUGGCAGAGGUUACGGCCCAGGCAGCAGAGAAAGCAGCCACUGGGGUUUUGGAGCUGGCAGAGAGAAGCACACGUAUCUCCCUGGACGUAGACAUUAAAGCUCCUGUUGUCUUCCUCCCACAAUCCUCUGUUUCCCACAAUGUCAUUGUGGCAGAUUUGGGUUUAGUGACCAUAAAGAACCACUUUGAAAUUGUCUCCUCUCCACUACACACCAAGAUCCCCCCGGUCGUGGACAUCAUGGCCGUGGGACUGAGGGAUCUUAAAAUGUACAGGACCACAUUCACUGAUGGACAGUUUAAGAGUGAACUUCAGUUACUCAAACCAGUCAACAUGGACCUGUCAAUCAAACGCAAUCUCUCUGCCUCCUGGUAUCACAGCAUACCUGACAUCCAGAUCAAUGCACACCUCAAACCCAUGAGCCUAAUCCUGAGUCAGGAGGACCUUACAAUAGUGCUGAAGACUCUGAGUGAGAAUCUGUCUGAGAAUUCUGAUGCUCCUCCAGCUCCAUCCAGCUCUGAUAAAGGAGACACGGUUUCUACCAAGGAUUCUCAGAGUUCUGGAGGAAACACAGUUGUGACCGCAGCAGUGGUGGAAGGCCAGAAAACAGGCAAACUAAAGAACACUCUGAAACUGGACUUUAAGUUUGACUCCAUGACAAUAGUCCUGUACAGCCCUAACAAUGAGAUCCAGUUAUCAGACUCCCGUGAUGAGAGUUUGAAGUUGGCAGAGUUCAUGUUGGGCACCAUCUCCACCGCUGUGCACAUGUUCUCUGACAGCUCCAUGAAAGCCUCGCUCAAACUCACAAACUGUCUGCUGGAUGAUAAGAGACAGAGGGUGAAAAUGAUCACGUCCAGGAUGAUGGCGAUGCGUCAGGGCAGGGAAGGUGAUGUGAUGGUAGACGUGAGUUAUAGACAAGGACGGGACGGCACCGUGCUGGACACCCUGGUUCAGGACCUCUAUCUGUGUGCCAGUAUGGAGUUCCUGCUCACAGUAGCUGAUGUCUUUCUUAAAGCUUUGGCAGAUGGCUUCUCUGGUCCCCCUAAAAACAAACAACUCGCCAGUUCCUCUAAAGACACAGCAGUUCCUGCUGCACCAGUGGUUGCCAAAACUGAGAUGAACAUUGUGGUAAAGAAUCCUGAGAUCGUUUUUGUUGCUGACCUCACACGCGCUGAAGCUCCGGCUCUCGUUAUGACGACGCAGUGUGAGCUGGUGAUGAAGAACGAGCCCAGCGGUCAGUCGAUGACUGCCGCCAUUUCAGACCUGAAGGUGGUGGCAUGUCCGCUCCUGCGAGAGAAGCGGGAGCACAAUGUGACGACGGUGCUUCAACCCUGUCAGGUGUUCUUCCAGAGCAGCCAGUCUCCUUCCCAGCCACAGUCCAUCGAGCUGUCCAUCAGCUCCCUCACGCUCAAGGUGUCUCCCAUCAUCAUAAACACAGUUAUCACCAUUCAGUCAGCGCUGAGCCCUGCAGCUGAGACCCCUGAGGAACUGGAGAGUCCUGUGCCACAGGAUCUGUGGGAACGUCGCAACCUGCGAGACCUAAAGCUCUGGUUCCUGGAGGAGGAAGAAGAGAAUGUCACCCGGUCUGUCAUUCGACUCGUUCCUCAUGGAGAGUCUCUCAAAAUGAACAUCCACUCCAUCUGUCUGACGCUGGAGGCCGGCGUGGGCCAUCGCACUGUGCCCAUGCUGCUGGCCAAAGCCUCGUUCCAGGGAGACGUGAAAAACUGGAGUACUCUCAUUAACCUACACUGUCACCUGGACCUGGAGGUAAAUUAUUAUAAUGAGAUUAUGGGCGUAUGGGAACCACUGCUGGAGCCGCUUGAUGAUGAGGAGAAAGAUGGCUUCAGACCAUGGACUCUAGCGAUGAAGAUGAAGAAAAAGCCAGUAUCAUUUUCUGAAGUAUCUGACGAGGUGGACGGCAGUGUGCCUGAUUAUAAAACAGUCAUCAGCUUCACGAGUAAAGACCAGCUUAACGUCACCCUCUCCAAGUGUGGCCUCCACAUGCUGAGCAAUCUAGGAACGGCAUUUGCAGAGGCCACUAAGCAGACCGCUGAAUGCUUUCAGAAGGACCAGGCACCGUUUGUGGUGAAGAAUCGUUUGGGUUUGCCAGUGGCAGUAAUGCACAGCGAAGUGUUUAGACCCAUCGGUAAGGAGUCUAAAAAUCGUGUGGUGGAGCUCCAGGAUGGAGAGAAUCUGAAUUUGGACUACACCCACACUUCGGAAUCCAGUGACCAAUUCUCAGCCAUGACCAGCCUCAGUGCCAAAAACUACAUACAGCCCACUCCAGUUGGCCACACUAGCGCAAGUGUAAUCCCACUAAUCAAAACAGGACGGGACAUGCACAGCGUCAUGCACCGUGACUCUGGUGUCACCCGCUUCUUUGUCUGUCAGAUUUACACUGUCGAGGGAAGCAAAUAUGUCAAGAUCCGCUCUCCUUUCCAGAUCAUCAAUCACUUUUCGGUGGCGUUCCGUGUUUAUGAGGGAUCUGAGUGUCUGGGCGUCUCUCUGCCUUCAGAGGAGUUCUGUGUGCCUCUGGGCUCCUACAGAGCUGAACUGAGCCUGCAGCCUGUAACUGAAGGCGAGGAGCAGUACGACCGCUCCGAGUGUUUCACUUACACUGAGGUGAAUCAGAAGCCCGGAGAGUGUCUGGAGAAAACCUGCCAUCAUCAGGGAGACAGCACCCAGAUGCUGAAGGUCAACAUGGUUCCUGUCCCAGACGCUCUGAUGACACACAGCCCUGAGGAGGAGUAUGACAAGCCCAUCAUUCUGCACCUGUGGCCCACCGUUCUCCUCCGCAACCUCCUGCCGUACCCCAUCACCUUCAAGAUAAAGGGCAAUGGAGAUUUCCCCUCUUCCUUACUGAAAGCGGGCCACUCCACCCAGAUCCACACCGCUAUCAUGGAUUUCUCCACUCUGGAGCUGAAGCUGCUGGGAUACCUGCAGCAGGACUGGGAGUCCAAGUACAGUCUGUGCAGCGACGGUGACGAGCUCAGCUUCAUCACCUUCCACUCGCUGGCAGUGGACGAGGAGACGGAGAUGGAGACCGAGACGGAGCUCCACAUCGCGGUGCAUGUUAAGAAGGAGGAGGGUCAGCUGGUGGUGGCCAUCCACUCCCCGUACUGGAUGGUGAAUAAGACGGGCAGACUGCUGCAGUACAAGGCAGACGAUAUUCAUCGCAAACACCUGAAGGAUUACGACAUGCCCCUCCUCUUCUCUUUCAAGCCACGCAACUUUCUGCAGAACAACAAGAUUCGCUUGAUGAUCUCAGAAAGUGAAUUAUCAGAGGAUUUCUCCAUCGACACUGUUGGGAGUUACGGUGACGUCAAAUGCAAAGGGGAACAGAAGGAUUACAUGGUGGGAGUGAAGAUCGACACCACCAGCUUCAGUUUGACUCGGUUGGUGACGUUCCUGCCCUUCUACACGCUGGUGAACAGAACCAAGCACGUAAUCCGAGUCUGUGAGGAAGGUCUGGAUCAGUGGACCGAGGCCCGACCCGGACAGGUUGCGGUUCCAUUCUGGCCAGAAAGAGACUCAAGGAAACUCCGAGUCAUAGUGGAGGGCUGCCAAUCGUCGCCACAGCCGUUUGAUUUCCACCAGACGGAGAACUGCCUCCUGCUGCACCUGGACAGAACCCUGGGUGGUGUAAUUGUGGAUGUGAAUCUGACGGAACAUUCUUCCGUCAUCCGGUUCUCUGAUUACCACGACGGCGCCGCUCCAUUCCUCCUCAUCAACCACACUAAAGACGAGACGCUCCAGUUCCACCAGAGCUCUCAGGAAGAAAUGGAUGAGCUGGCUCCAGGUCAGGCGGUGUACUACACCUGGGCCGAACCGACCGGCUCAAGAAUACUGAGCUGGAAGUGGGGCAAGUACAAAGGAGAGCUCAAGAGCGAGAAGGACCAGUUGUUGGAUGUGAACAAGGAGGGAAAAUUCUUUGUCAUCUCUUUUUAUGAAGGCCUCCAACGUGUGGUGCUUUUCACCACCGAGCACUGUGUCUUCAAGAAGAUUUGCGAUAAUGAGAAAAUAGAGCUGGCUGAACAGGAAACCUGCAUUUCGUUACAGAACAUGGGCGUCUCACUGGUCAACAACACCAGCAGCCAGGAAGUGGCCUUUAUUGGCAUCACCAGUUCUGAUGUGGUGUGGGAAACCAAGCCAAAGAAGCGCAGCCGAUGGAAGGUUUUAAGGGUUAAAGAGGCUGCAAUGUUGGAGCAGCGCUACAGAGAAUAUAUGGAGAGCGGGCCAGUGGACAGCAUCAUCAUUGACCUUGAGAACGAAUACCAGGUGUUGUUUGCUGCUAACGGGGUGGACAUGAGGAUACUGCAGCCCUUUGACGCUCCGCUCAGGAGGAACUUCCUGCCAGCAUUAAAGGUGGAGUACAGUGUCUCCACCCGCCAGAAAACCUACAGAGUCCAGAUCAACAGGAUUCAGAUCCAAAAUCAGUUGCCUGGAGCCAUCUUCCCAUUCGUCUUCUACCCCGUCAAACCGCCCAGAUCAGUCAGCAUGGACUCAGAGCCGAAACCACUCGCUGACGUCAGCAUCAUUACCAGAGCAGCCGGACACUCUGACAUUCUGCGCAUCAAGUAUUUUAAAGUGUUGAUUCAGGAGAUGGACCUGCGGAUAGAUCUUGGGUUCCUGUAUGCCAUACUUGAGCUCCUCACUGCUGAGCACGUCAGUGUGGUCACGUCUGAACAGCAGGUGGUGUUGUUUGAGAAGGACAUUGAGUAUCUGAAGACCGAGCUCUAUCAUAGUUCAGCUACAGACACGUCCCCCAUCAGCCUUUACGAAUACUUCCACAUCUCUCCCAUAAAGCUUCACUUGAGUUUCUCUCUGAGCACCGGUGGUGAAGACGGGAAUAAGAAAGAGCGCGGGUCAGAGGUCAUUCCGGUUCAUUUGCUCAGCGUCCUGCUGAAGAGUAUUGGAGCUACACUCACUGACGCUCAGGACGUCCUCUUCAAACUUGGGUUUUGUGAGCUGAAGUACCAGUUCCGCACCACUCAGCAGCUGCAGUCGGAGGUCAUCGGACAUUAUUCCAAACAGGCUAUCAAGCAGAUGUAUGUUCUGGUUUUGGGUUUAGAUGUCCUCGGGAAUCCUUUCGGACUGAUCCGUGGUCUGUCUGAAGGCGUCGAGGCCUUCUUUUAUGAGCCUUAUCAGGGUGCCAUACAGGGACCAGAGGAGUUUAUGGAGGGCAUGACGCUCGGUGUGAAGGCUCUGGUUGGAGGUGCUGUGGGCGGUCUGGCCGGAGCGGCGUCUCGGAUCACGGGAGCCAUGGCUAAAGGUGUAGCGGUCAUGACCAUGGAUGAGGAGUAUCAGCAGAAGAGGCGCGAGGCCAUGAACAAGCAGCCCAGCGGAGUGAGAGAAGGCCUGACACGAGGAGGGAAGGGACUCAUCUCUGGGUUUGUGAGCGGCAUCACAGGCAUUGUGACUAAACCCAUUAAAGGAGCUCAGAAGGAAGGAGCGGCGGGUUUCUUUAAGGGUGUGGGCAAAGGUUUGGUGGGAGCUCUGACCAGACCAACAGGGGGCAUCAUAGACAUGGCCAGCAGCACCUUCCAAGGCAUCAAAAGAGCUGCAGUGACGUCUCAGGAUGUGGAGAGUUUACGUCCUCCUCGUUUCAUCCAUGAGGAUGGAGUCAUCCGGCCGUACAAAGAGAGGGAGGGCAUUGGCAGCCAGAUGCUGCAGAGUGUUGAAAACGGACGGUUUGCCAAGUACAGAUACUUUGCUCAUGCUAAGGUGAACGAAUCAGAUUUCCUGAUGAUCACUAAAAAGGGGAUAUUUUUUGUGACUAAGGGCACGUUCGGGCAGCUGACGUGCGAGUGGCAGUAUCUGUUUGAUGAGUUUACCAAAGCGCCCAUAGUCAUGGAGGGCAGGAGACUGCAGAUAGAAGCAAAGGAACGCGUCAAAUCAGUGUUUCACGCCAAAGAGUUUGGGAAGAUCAUCAAUUUCAAAACUCCAGAAUUAGCAAAGUGGGUUCUUGCCAAGCUUGAGGACGCCAGGGAAACUCUACCCAAGUAAGGACAGUUAAAGCCACGUGCGAUGAUCCUGCGCUCAGCUCUGUGCCUUUAUGCUGCUUUUGCAGUGAGUCACUUUACAUUAUACCCACAAUGCAACAGUCAUUCACUAAACACUGAAUACCACAUUGGUAAUGACUGUUAGACUGUGUGUUUGUGUGUUGAGUUUACAUUAUAUUGUACCUUUCUUUCCCUCUCACUGUCGGAGCUCAACUCAUUUACAUAUGAAGUUUUUACAAUCUGUCUCUACACUCGGUUCAGCCACUGGAUACAUGUCUCUCAACUGAAGCCACACUAAAGUGUAAAUUAUGUUAUUUAAUACACAUUAAUAAAGACCAAUACUCUGUAUGUAUUUUGUUUGUCUUUACGUGUGUUGUAAAUGUGUGUUGCAUUUAAAUGGAAAUGACCAGGAAUGUUUGAAAAUGAGAAUCUCUUACUGUAUGGAAAGGAGAGCAGGGAUAUUUUUUUUAAUAUGUGGCUUUGCAUGAAAUUAUAUUUUUGUUUCUCAGUGUGGAAUUAAUUCUAUAGCUCAAACCUGAUCCUAUUUAUUGAUCCUGAUGUCACCAAGGUGUCUUGGGAAACUUGUAAAUGUUGUAAACCAAUAAAAAAGCUGUUUAGUCAUAGUUUUAGGCUGUAGCCUUUCAAAAAUCUUGCCAAUAGUUAAUAAAGUCAUUUAAAGGCA